UGGGCGCCCGACCUCAUCGUCCUCCAGCGCCGCGCGAACAGUCCAGACGGGGUGCGCAUGAGUCGUUGCUGUCCGUCUGGCGCCACGACGACGACCGUUCUCUGCAUCGGUGUCCCAGGUUGAGCAGGCAUUGCUUCUGCCGCGCGGGUGAUGCAAGAGGUGACGUGUGGAAAAUGGCUCCGUCCCAGACGACGUUGCCGGACCACGAGCCCCUGAAGUUCUCGCCGCGCGCCGUUUCGCGGCUCGACGAGGAGGAUGAGGAAGACUGGCAGAAGACGAUACGUCCUGUUGCCCUAGGCUCCCGAAGCGUCGCCCACUCGCGCGAGUCGUCCAUCGAGAAGCUCCCGCGUCCCGAUCCCAACUCCCACCUCCCGCCGCCACGGUCCCAUGCGCCAGCCUCUCGAAGCGGUCUCGCCGGCGUGAUUGAGCGGGUCGUCGACCCCAAGGCAUCGUCGUACGGUCACCACAGACAGACAUCCAUCGUCCAUGGGAUCCAGCACUCGAGGAACGGAAGCCUCACCAGCUCGGCCUCCAGCCCGCUCAGCCCGCAAAUGAUCGCCGCUGCGGGCGCCGGCCUCAUGCCGGAUAGGGCCGAGAUGCAACCCUUCCCCCGUCCGGAUAGCGAUGCGUCUGCCGGACCGCGGCCGCCCACUGCCAUGUCAGGAACGACCCUCGCAUCAGUGCCGAAUAUUCCCGAAAGGGCCGCCUCGGCCGCUGCCGGCGAGUUUGGUGGGCGAGGAAAGAUGGAGAGGAGGCAUAGUGGCAAGUCCUCCCGGAGGGACCACGCUCACCACCACUCACACUCGUCACGCCACCACAAAGACGAACAGAAAACCGUGGGGGAGUUUGCGCUACAUGUGCUGUUUACCUCCUUCAUUGCACAGGCAGAGGAGAAGCUGAACGAGUGCAUCACCGUGCCCUUUGACCCAGAGCCUCAGGUAGAGCAAAUAUGCGGUCCCGGCGUGGACCCGGCUUUCGACCAGCUCAUCGUGGCCCUGGGCCACAUUGCGAAGCAGAAACCCAAGCCGCUAAUCGACUCGAUGAUGCUAUGGAGGAAGAGCAAGAGCGACGCCGCCAAUGAGGCUCGGACCCAGCUCCAACAGUCGCGCAUCCACCCCGCUCCCGGAUCGCUGCAAAGACGUCACACAGAACCGAUGCAGCCGGCCGCGGCAGGUUCCGGGCCUGAGCCCCAUGCCGGCGCGCAGAUGUCCCUGGCCGCAAAACAGGAAUACGUCGCGCAGGCGGAGCGCCGCUCGACUGUUUCCAUCUACGUGCUCUGCCGCGUUCUUCUCGAGGUCAUGGCACAGAGCACACUGGCUUCAAUCACGCCCGAGAUGGAAGACAAGCUGGAGAACAUCAUCUUCGGGCAGCUAAAGAUCUCCGAUACCGAGCAACUGAUGGCCUCGCCCCUAAAGCUGUCCAACUGGAAUCUCUUCGCCCAACUCAUGGGCGCCAUGAGCGAGCUCAGCUUUGCCACCGUGACUGAUCGUUUCAUCGUUGAUCUCGACCGCUCGUUGCAAGAGCUGGCUGCCAAGGGCCCGUCAUCCGGGUCCCGCGACAUCGAGAGCAAGAUGGAGCUCGUCCUGGGUGGGAUGAAGCACCUCCGUAUAAAAACGGCGCCGGCAGAAGCCUGGGAUCGAUCCUGUGAGUUCAUGGCCUCGCUGGGCAAGCUCUUCAGCCGGUCCCACGGGCCCAAGGUAAAGUCGGCCUUCUGCCAGGUGUUCGAGCUGCUUGUGCUCCCCAUAGCGGCCCAGGCUACCAACAGCGACAUUGCCCAUCCGAAAUGGAACGAGGUUCUGGCUACGGUCGGGCCCCGGCUGGCCCAGAUGUUUGUGAAGCCUCGGCACUGGCACUACGCCUUCCCUCUGGCGGCCACCAUGCUGUGCGUCUCGCCGCCGGACACCUUUGUUAGUCAGUGGCUGCAGCUGAUCUACCCGCUGCAGCCGCGCCUCAAGGACCGCUUCACCAGGCCGCUCUGUCUGCAGGUCAUUUCCAGGCUGGUGUGGACCUAUCUCUACCGCACGAACGACACUUCCUCGGGCAUGACCCGGAAGCUCGAUGAGGUCUUGAAGAUGAUUCUCCCAAACGCCAAGAGGACCUUGAACGCUACGGAUUCCGCCGUUAUCGAUCCCCUGAUCCAAAUCAUCAGGUUCAUCGGGUACAAGCACCCGGAAUAUUGUUUCCGAACCAUUAUCUUUCCCCUGGUCAAUGCCGAUCUCUUCACCUCCAACAAGGAGCUCAAAAUCGAACAGCUGGACCCGGAUAGGAUGGUGGUCGGGAUCCGGGCAUUCCUCACUAUCGUGUCCGAUUUAGAGAAGGGUGACAAGGGCAGGCCGCCCUUCCCCCAGUCGUAUGGCCCGCCUCCGGUGCCUGAACGUGUGCCCCCGACGUCGCCAGUUUUUGGUUCGUCUCGGGACCCUCCGCCUGUUGCCUGGGCGGCCUUGUCCGGCGGCGAGAGGCUUACAAGGCCGGUCUUGGUCUCCGCGCUCACCGAAAGCGUCCGGGACUAUUACGUCAGGUUCUGUGAGAUUCUGGGCAAGAUUACCAUCAUUUGUGACAACGCGUUUGGCGGCCAGGCUGCCCUGGAUGAGAAGUUCGAUAAGAUGGAGAAAUUCAACAGCCCGGGCCCCAAGACGCCCAUCAGCGAGACGUUCAACUUCUCGCGGAGGGACGACAGCUCCGGCUCUCAUGAUCAGAAGCAAGCCUUCUACGAGUUGCUGCACAUCGCCGUCCAGGCUCUGCCGCGCUGUCUUUCGCCCGACAUUCCGUUCAACACAUUGAUCAAUCUUCUCUGCACCGGGACUGCCCAUGUUCAACCCAACAUUGCAGAGUCGUCCGCACAGUCCCUGAAAGCCAUUGCCCGGCAGUCUCACGCUCACCAGGUUACGAUGGGAUUCGCCCGCUUCAUCUUCAAUUUUGAUGACCGCUAUUCUACUACCAUGUCCGAUGGGGGCAUGCUUGGCCCAGGACAUAUCGAGAAAACGCUGAUGUUGUACAUCGAGCUCCUGCACAUAUGGAUCGAGGAGAUCAAACAGAAGACCCGGAAUGCCGCGGAUGAGAGCAGCGAAUCCAGCGUCGCCGAGAAGAGGGGCAUCCAGCUUGACCUGUCCAGCGUCUGGGCGGAGGUCGACCAGGUGGAGGCGCAUGGCCUGUUCUUCCUCUGCUCUCAAUCUCGGCGGGUCCGCUACUACGCCGUCAGCGUCCUUCGCUUGAUUACUGAAUUUGACGCCGUCCUGAGGAAGCCGAGCGGCCGUGAGAAAGACACGCCGAGACUCAUCGACAUCCUCGAGAACGACUCGAUGCAGGUCAUGAGCUUCAAUGACGAGCAGCUCACCGUGGCGGAACGGAGCCGGCUGCAGCGAGGAAUGCAGAACACCAAUAGCCAAGGAGCCCUGAUUGAGCUCUGCACCAGCGACGUCUCGUACGACACCACGCUGUGGUUCAAGAUCUUCCCCAACUUCAUCCGCAUCGCCUUCGAUAAAUGUCCGUUCGCCAUCACCCUCAGCCGGGACCUCGUUUGCGAGAGAAUCCUCCAGCUCUACAAAGUCAUCACGGUGCUUUCCGAACCGCCACGCGAUCCUCGGGGCCAGUUUUAUGUGGAGCCCAGCAGUGCUCGGAUGGCGGGCAAGACACCAACAACGCACCCCGAGGUUGUCAUUGAGCAGUGGAAGCUGUACCUCGUUUUUGCUUGCACGACCCUUGCGGAUCCCGGUAAUGCCCAGGGCCCAGGGGCGCCCAACGGCGUGCACGGCCGAAAGGGAUCCAAGGCGUCGUCGGCUGCAGAGAAGAUUGGGUCGGCAAGGACGCUCUUCAAGUAUCUGAAUCCCAUGCUCUCCGUCUCCUGCGCCCCGAUCCGGGAGGCGGUGGUGAUCGCCAUGGGCUCUAUCAACAUCCACAUUUAUCGCACGCUGCUCGAGGAACUCCAGGGGCAGGUCUCGCGGUGCAACGACGACGCACGGCAGCGCAUCCAUCAGCGUACCAACAGCAGUCCCCGCCGGAACCGCAAGAUGGACGUGCUGCGGACCGAGAUCACGCAUGUGUACAAGCUUACGUCGCAUUUUUUGAGAGAACCUCAGGUUUACCAGGACGACUGGAUUCUGAACAACUUGGUCGCGUACGCCAAGGAUCUCAAGCUUUUCCUGAUGGACGGCGAGGUCCAGAUGGACUGGGAAUUUCAGAAGCUAAGACGGCACUAUUGCGGCCUUAUGGAGGAGCUCUUCGGCGGCAUCAACCGGACAAAGGAUCCGUCCCGAUGGAUGACGUUUGAAGCUCGGAAAUCGGCAUUCGCCUUGAUGGAGGAAUGGUGCGGCUUCUCUCCCAACCAGCUCCAGAUUCGGCAGAGAGAGGACAACAUGAGACAAUCCGUCAUUGAUCAGAAGACAGCGGGCGAACGAGGGACGGUGUCGGCGGCGAUGGAGAUCGAGAAACGAAACCUGCGCACGGCAGCUCUCAGCGCUAUGGCUGCGCUCUGCGCCGGGCCCAUCAGUGCCACCACCGAGAGCGGCGUAUCUCUACAGUUCGACGUCCGGCGGAUGCUGGCCUGGAUCGAGGCGAUCUUCAACUCGGGUAGCGACCGCAUGAACGUCAUCGGCAGGAGGGCGUUGAAGAACCUGAUCGUGCACAACCAGGAAUUCCCAUACCUGCUCGAGCACUGCAUCUCGAGGUGCUACCUCGCCGAUGCCCCAAAGAUGCUGGAGAGUUACUUCUUCGCCGUGACUGAGGUGCUUCUGGAGCAGCCCGAGUACCCCACACCGUUCUGGAAGCUCCUGGGUCUCUGCCUCUUCAUGCUGGGCAACGACCAGAGCGCCGUCAGGUCCAGGGCCGCUCACCUCUUGAAGGCUCUGGAUGAGAGGCAGCCGCACCCGCGUAGCUCCAAGAUCCAGGACUUCGACAUCAGCAUAUCCGACAAGACCAAGGCCGUCUACAAGCUGGCUCAGUUCGAGAUCUCGAAGCGGUUGGCGAAGCAACACACCGAACUUGCGUUCCACAUCUUCUCCGAGUUCACGUUCUACUUUAAGGAGCAGCAGGCUGCCUCGCAGCGGAACAUCAUCGCCGUCAUCCUUCCGUGGAUCCAGGCGGUCGAGCUCAAGGUUGAUCCCAAUGGGGGGCCGAUCGCGCAAUCGUACGUGCUGCUGGCCAAUCUCCUCGAGAUCACGAUCAAAUCCAGCGCAGCGCUGCACAACGAAGUCCAAGCGCUCUGGCAGGCAUUGGCGACUGGGCCGUAUCCGGGGAACGUGCGGCUCAUCCUGGAUUUCAUCAUGUCUCUGUGUCUGGAGCGGAGAGAGCAGAACUUCGUCGAGUACGCGAAGCAGAUCGUCGUCUUCCUUGCAAGCACGAACAGCACGCCGGGCAGCAGGGUGGUCGAAUUUCUGCUGCUCCAGAUCACGCCCAAGGCCAUGGUGCCCAAUGAGAAGCGCGAAGCUAUCCCGCCGCCACCAGACAUCGCCAUGAUGCCCUACUGCGCGGAUCUCUCGGAGGCCCUCCCUAUAGGCACCAAACAGGCCGGCUUCUCUCUUGGCCAACUCUCGCUCAUCCUCCUCGUAGACCUCAUGGUGGCGCCCGUCAGCCUCACAGCGGACAGCGUCCCGAUCUUGCUGCAAGUCGUCACGGUCCUCUGGGAUCACUACACGCCGCUUGUGCAGGAGCAAGCUCGCGAGAUGCUGGUGCACCUCAUCCACGAGCUCGUCAUCUCCAAGCUGGAUGAUGACACGCCGGCGGCCACCAAGCAGGGGAUCGAGAGCUUGGUGGAUGCCAUCCGUCGCCACGACCGGUCGGUUGUGUGGGGCUACGAGGACAGCAACGGAAAGGUCGGCGGCCACGACAACAAGGUGCCGCCAAGCAUGGAGCAUCUCACAGCCGAGGUCGUCAAGACGUUCGAGCUAACGUUUCCCGGCAUCAAAGACCAAUGGGGCCGGCUCUCGCUCACCUGGGCGACUUCCUGUCCGGUCAGACACCUUGCCUGCCGAUCAUUUCAGAUCUUUCGGUGCAUCCUCACGUCGCUCGACCAGUACAUGCUCGGGGACAUGCUCGCCCGCCUGUCCAACACCAUCGCGGACGAAGACGCCGAGAUCCAGACGUUCUCGAUGGAGAUUCUCACGACGCUCAAGACGCUGAUCGUGAAGCUCGACGCCGACAAGCUGCUGGCGCUCCCUCAGCUUUUCUGGACCACAUGCGCCUGCCUCGAGUCAAUCAACGAAUGCGAAUUCCUCGUGGCGGUGGAGAUGCUGAACGAGUUCCUGAAGAAGCUCGACUUCCAGUCUCCCACCGUGCGACGGCUGCUCUACGACGGACAGCCCUCCAAGUGGGACGGCCCGUUCGAGGGCGUGCAGCCGCUGCUCUACAAGGGCCUGCGGUCGUCGGUGUGCCUGGAACUGACUCUCCAGACGCUCGAGAAGUUCAUCCCGCUGCCCAGCGACGCGCUCGUCGGCGACGACAGCCGAUUCUUUUUCACGGUGAUUGCCAACUUACCCCGAUUCCUGCACGCCCGCGACCAGCAGCAGUUCCUCGACCGCGGCGUCGUGCAGACGGCGGAGACGCUCAUGGCGGCGGCCGACGAGUUGGGCAUGACGGGCAUGGCGGUCGUCUUGGACGACUACCUCGCCUCCAAGCAUUCGUCCGAGAACGAGUUCGUGGCGCACAUGUUUGCGGCGCUGCGGGAGCGUUUCCUGCCCGCGCUGGACCUGCCCAUGGUCACCAUGCUGAUGGGGUUCCUCACGAACGCGACCUCGUGGGUCAAGAUCAAGACGAUGCGGAUCCUGCGGGUGAUCUUGCCCGAGGUGGACAUGAAGAAGCCCGAGAUUGCCAGCCACGGCUCGGACAUGAUCUCGCCGCUCCUGCGGCUGCUGCAGACCGAGUACUGCAUGGAGGCGCUGGAAGUGCUGGACAACAUCAUGACCAUGUCCGGGUCCUCGAUGGACAAGCACCACCUGCGCAUGAGCAUGACGCGGCCGACGUCGAAGGCGGUGCGCAAGGAGUACGAACGGACGCAGAGCCUGUUUGGCAUCCCGGAGGCGUCGGGGUGGGCGAUUCCGAUGCCGGCGCGCAAGACGGACUCGACGCGCGCCAACAUCCACGCGGCCUUCUACAUGUGCCAGAGCGACGAGGGCGUGGUGGCGCAGCCGACCAUGACGCCCGAGGUCGAGUUCCACACGGACGACUUCCCGUACGGAUACUUCCCCGGCCCGUCGGACCGCGCGGACACCAUGGUGUCGGACGACGGACGGGCCCUCGACAUGCACAUGGGGGAUUUGUUCUCGAAGCUGGACAGCCUGGAUGACUUCUUCGACGACCUGUCGACGAGCGCGCCCAGCGACGGGCGGUCGUCGCGGACCGUGACCGAGUUCUCGCCCGACACGUUCGAGUCCGGCGCUCAGCUGUACGACGAGCAGAUCUUGCCCAUCCUGCACCAGGCGUCCAGCAACAGCAGCAUGUCCUUCCAGAACGGCUUCGCGGACAAGCCCGUCUUCCCGGGGCGCGAGGGAGGAGGCGGACCACCCACCAACACGAUGAACCCCGGCGCCUUCACGCCCGGCCACCACAGCAACGCUCCCUCCACCGCCACAAAAGUAACAAGCAUCACGCCGCCCAACCGCCCGGGCCUCCACGCGCGCUCCGUCACGUCGCCGUCGGCGCCGGCGUCGCACCACGCGCAGCAGCUCGCGCCCGCAUCCGGCGACCUGGCCUCGGACGACGAGUCCUUCCCCGAGGACGUCUUCUCGGACGGCGACGACGACCGGCCCCUCACGGCCACGGCCAACGGCGGCGGCGGCGGCGGGUCCUUCUUCCUCGAGAAUGUCGUCCGCCCCCUCGCGUACCGCCGGUCCAAGGUGCGCCGGAUGGCGAGCGGGCGGUCCCACGACGGCGGCUUCUUGUUCCACACGCCUGUCCCUGCUGCCCCGCCUCCCCCUCCUCUUCCUGGCUCUUCUGCCGCCGCCGCUGCUGCUGCUGCUGCUGGCGGCGCUGGUGGGGCUGGGGCCAGUGCAGGUGGUGCUGGGACUGGUGCUGGAACUGGCGCUGGGGCUGGGGCUGGUGCUGGCGCGGGUCCGGCUGGCUCGCUGGCGACGCCGGUGUCGCCGCAGCAGACGGGGGUUCCUGUGCUGCCCAAGGCGCCGCCGGGACCGUUCCUGGUGCUACAGGGCCCGCCGGGCCCGGGCGGUGGGAAAGGGCAGUACCAGGGGCAGGGACAGGGACAGGUGUCGCAGACUACGGGCUGAUGAUUUGGUUUUGAUCUAACUACGCGAUAUGUUUCUAUGGAUUUUAUGAGAUAUUAGGAGAGAAGGGAGGAGGUGGUGGGACUGGGCUUCGUUGGGGGUUCAUCUGG